AUGGCGGAGAGGCGGCGGCGGGCUCGGGUGCAGGGCGGCUGGGCCAACGCCCCGGCGGCACGGCCCGCGGCACCUAAGGGAGCAGUGACCAGCAACCUUUGCCCUGCAGGUACCACACCAGCAUGGAUGAGGAAAGAUCAGCCUCACUCUCAAGAGCAAUUUGUCUUUGAGAAGCCAUCAGAGGUGGAGCGCAGAGUUCCAGAGGCAGGCGUGAUAGACAAGCCUGGUGUGUAUGAGCUCAGCAAAACACCCUCUGGCAUUUCCAGGGUUCAUUUGAUCCCUGGCUUUCUUGACUCAGAACAGGCAGACUGGAUGUUUGAACAGCUCCUGCACGACCUCCCCUGGGGGCAGCGAACCCACAUCAGGCAGGAAGGAUCCUUUGAAGAGCCAAGGCUUACCUGCUGGUAUGGGGAGCUCCCUUACACCUACUCCGGGAUCACCAUGCAGCCAAACCCAAACUGGCAUCCUGUGCUGGCCCUGCUGAAGGAGCGGAUCGAGGCGCUGAGGGGCUGCACCUUCAACUCCCUGCUCUGCAACCUCUACCGGCACGAGAAGGACAGCGUGGACUGGCACAGCGACGACGAGCCCUCCCUGGGGACAAACCCUCUCAUUGCCUCCCUCAGCCUGGGGGCCACCAGGAACUUUGAGAUGAGAAAGAAACCCUCCCUGGAGGAGAAUGGAGAUUAUAGAUUUGUGGAAAGACUGAGAAUCCCCCUGGAUCAUGGCACUCUGCUGAUGAUGGAAGGAGCUACCCAGGAGGACUGGCAGCACCGAGUGCCUAAGGAGUACCACUCAAGAGCUGCCCGAAUCAACUUGACCUUCAGGAUCAUUUAUCCAGAAACCUGA